AUGUGGUUUCCCCUGCUUUCAUAUAUAGCACGCGAAAUUUAUUACGAGACGCUCUGUCGAAGACUAUUCCCCAAAGAGAAGAGACGAAAAAAGCCAAGCCCUAAACGUUUGUCUUCUCACCUCUGUUCCUCUCCUUACGAUUCGCUAUCGUUGGAGUUUAACUUGGCCCUCGUAGCUCUCUGGAGGAUCGCCUCUUCUCUUGGGCUCUUCUUACCUCUCUCACUCGCAUCAGGUAAGAAGUUUGGUUCAGAUUUAGUGAGAUUCAUCUUUCUAAUUCGUUGGAGGAAUGCUAAACCCUAA